GUUGAAGAUACAUUCAUCAGCCGGAGAUGGAGGGAAAUGAGGGGUUCGAUCUCGGCGGCUAUCUGUUUAGUGGAUAUCCUGGUGCAGUCGAUAUGAUUUCAUGGUCCAGCCCAGCCAUGAAGUGAGGCAACCAGGACUGAAGCAUAAGCAUGAACUUGGCCUACGGCCUCUCUCUAGUCCUCCAGCUUAUGGCGCGAGCGUACCACCGGCGUACCUUCCCGCGGAAAACAAGAUGGCCCGAAAACUGACCAUGAUCAAAAGGGCAAUAGUGAGCGGACUUUGACGGCAGAGAAAUCGCUUGUAAGUGGACAGCCGUAG